UUCUCUCGCUGGCCGGAGCCAAACGAGUGGUCCUUCAAGGUCAGCGACACCGUAAACCGGCAUUGAAGGCAGAUGGAAAAGCCGCCAGCUCCGCGUCUUGCCAGCUAUCUGUCACACUGGUGGAUAAACAGAUACUCCUGCUUCCAGGAUUUUCUGUCCAUUGCUUAACCCGCCCACAGCGAAGUCGUCACUUAAUUUUAAAUUAAAAGGGGAGCGAGAGGGAUUGUUACAAAGACCUAGAGAGAGCAAGGGAAGGAGGCGACAUCUGAGAGCCGGGUCGUCCUGCCCCAUCCAGCCUCCGUCACUGCUGCUUUGUUCCAUAUUUAGCUCCCGACAACUGGGCCCAGCGCAGGAACUCCCAGCUCUGGUUUUCCCUCCUCCCGCUGCUGUCUCCUCUCCCCAGAGCUCUCAGAAAUCGCUCUUUCUUUUUCCCAGUGGCCAUAACUUAACCCCGCGACACUCGGGAGGAUGGCGGAGAAGCAGGAGGAGCCCAGCAGCGCGCAGAACGGCGAGCCCGACAACGCGGAGGAGGGCGAGGAGAAAAAGAAGAAGAAGUUGAAGCGGGAGGACCUGCCGCCGUUUGAAAUCGUGACAGGGGAGCGCCUCCCAGCCAUAUUUUUCAAAUUCCAGUUCAGGAACGUGGAAUACAGCUCGGGCAGGAACAAAACCUUCCUGUGCUACGUUGUCGAGACCCAAGGCAGAGAGUCGGUGACUUCUCGGGGUUACCUGGAAGACGAGCACGCAGCCGCCCACGCAGAAAUGGCCUUUUUCAACACCAUCCUGCCCAAGUGCGAGUCCAGCGCCCGCUACAACGUCACCUGGUACGUCUCCUCCAGCCCCUGCGUGACCUGUGCCGACCGGAUAACUGAGACCCUGAAGAAGAACAAGAACCUGCGUCUGACAAUCAUGGUCGGGCGGCUCUUCAUGUGGGAAGAGCCAGAAAUGCAGGCGGCCCUGAAAAACAUGAGGGCAGCCGGCUGCAAGCUGAGGAUCAUGAAGCCUCAAGACUUUGAGUAUGUCUGGCAGAACUUUGUGGAACAGGAGGAAGGAGAGGAAGCAAAGGCCUUCGCGCCGUGGGAGGACAUUCAAGAGAACUUCCAGUAUUAUGAGGAAAAGCUGGCCGAGAUUUUGCACUGAAGCUCACGUGAGUGAGGAUUUCCACAGGGUCACGCGUCUCCUUGCGACCAAUUGAGAGAAGAUGCAGGAGCGAUGUGACGGACUGGGACACGCGGGACCCUCCCACGCUCCAACGCCGCGAUUCCCGCAGAACCACCACCAGCCUCUGUGGGACGAGGCCCUGACGGGCUGUAAAUACAUCCACACCACCCACCUCCGGUGUCGGGGAAUUCUGUGGUUUGUUUUGUUCCUCCCUCCCCACCCCAAACCCACCCACGCUGCCUCUGCUCACAGGAAAAGGCGCCAACGUCCCCGUGAGGGAUGCGGGGACACACAGCACAGGCUGCAGGACCCACAGACGGGGUCACUUCAUGAGAAAAGACCUUAGAACAAAGCUGCCCGUUAGAUAAAUGUGUUUAGAAAGGACAUAAAUGCUAAAAAGAAUGGGAUUUAAGAUGAAAAAUAAAAACCACACCUCAGUUUUCUUCCUCUGUCCUCCUCAAUAAUCAGAAUUGUGGUUUGAAUUAGGACUAAAUGGCCUAUUCUAAGUUAUGAUGGAACUCCAAGUACUUCAAAUACUUCCUCCCCUUGUUCAAUUAUGUUUGUGAUACAGAACUGGAAAAAGCAAAGUGAAAUAAAAUUGGAAGUCACUGCAAAAACCUA